GAAGGUUAAUGACAAUUUUUAUUAAAAACAUGUUUUUUUCCAUGCUAUGCAAAAUGGUUAAACCUUGAGUGCCUGUUUUGGCAUUUAAGUUUAAAAAAGUAACUUUCUGACCACUUCUACCAUGGGCAAAUAUGUAUGGUAAAUUUCAUACAAAUCAAAAAGGGUUUUGGUCAAAAAGUGAUUGAAAUCAAAUGGAACGACCCUUUUUAUAGGCGUUUUAAUUAAACACAUACCCCUCAUUAAACUUGUCAUUUGAAACAGGCUUGUAAAUGCCUGUUUUUAGAGAGACAGUAAACCUAGGCUAGAUAAAAGGACAGUUGAAUGUUUACCGUACUGAGGUGAUGGAGUAAAGUGAUUGCAUUCUACUCUAUUAUUGCUAACACACUUCUUUAAACUAGUGAUCUAAGCUCGAAAGACUUCUUAAAUAGGAGAUAAGCAUUACCGUAUUUCAAAGAACAGCGUGCAUACGCUUUUCAUUUAGCCACACCCAUUGAGCGACAACAUCCUUCCUCGUCCGUAUAAACGGAAGUAAACAGUAACUAAAAACAAUUUCCACGUUAGCGUUUUUGUUGUUAUUUAGACGUUUAUUAACACCAUGGAACUCAAACGAUGACUCAUUUAACUGCACAGCAUCACAUACUUACCCCAUGUAGUAUUUAAUCCGCGUUGGAAACAGGACUUGAUUAAUAGAGGUUAGCUAUCUAGGUAACGCUACCUAGCUGCUAAGUUAGUUAACAAUGGCUGCUAACUGUAUGGUUUUUCACACUCAAAUAGCCUCCAUAAUGGAGGUUCUAGCGAAUGCAGCCGUGGCAGAGGUCUGUAAACUCGUUGACGACGACUAUGCAGUGUUUCGGUUGGAAAUAACUCACAGCCAGAAAGAAAACAGUGCAUUGCGGAGGAAACUACAGCUUCUGGAACUGAAAUUGUCACGGGAGCGCGCAGAGAGGACAAUGCGAGAGCGUGUCCUCGCCAGUCGUCCCAGAACUGUCAAGGUCCUCGACCGAUACAGAGGAAUGGCAAGAGGUGAAGGAGAUCUCACUGGAGGCCACAGGAGCUUUGUGAAGCCAGCUGGACACAAUACAUGGAGAGUUGACCAAACAAUCACUGUUGAUGAGGGGAUUCGAACCUCAACCCAGCACGUUAUUGUGAUAGAGGAUACAGAGGCUGCAGGUCCUGGGGUCAAGCUUGAGAGGUCUGAAGGAGAGGAGGACCCACAGCACAGCAGAGACAUCCAGACUGCAGCAGCUGGAGCUUCCCCUGAAGCCAUGGAGGACCUCGCCGCCGCGCCCCAGCCCAGGACCCAACGCAGCAUCACGGAGGAGGAGAGUCCAGAGGUGCUGCUGGUGAAGGAGGAUGGUUGUGAGGAGAGUCUGGGGAACCCUGAGGGGACCAUGGUCAUGGAAAACAACCAAACAACACCUCCUCCUGAACCCACAGAGGAACCAGCUGAGCAGCACAGGACCCCACACAGUCUCACUGAGCCAGUAGACAUGGAGGAUGGGAAGCCUGAUCUGCUGCUUGUCAAAGAGGAGACAAUAGAGGACGGACCAGAGAGCAUUGACCUGCUAAGCGGACUAAAGGUGGGGGAGCAAGGUGGUUGGCUGGAGGAUUACAGAGGAGACUGGGCGGCCAUCUUGGAUUCCCAGACCCAGACGGGUGCAGCCAAGAGCCAGGGGGAUGACAUCACCGAGCAGGCCAGGACCAGAGGCAACAUAAUGGAGGUCAGUGGAUGGGACAGCAUCCUCAACUCUAGGCUGAGGAACAACACUGUUAACCACAACCAGAAAAAGACAAUCGAACACAAAACAACAACCAAACUUAGUGUCCAUGACAACAGACUAGCUGAGGCCAGGAUGAGACAUAGAUUUGGUCCGGGGGGGCGGGGAGGUGUCCGUAUGCAGCUGGAGAGAACAGACACAGACUCGGCUAGUGAUGCUCCUUCCUGCUCCUAUAGUUGUGAUUCAGAGAGACUGAUGGCGCCUCAGGUUAACCCCCUAACAGAUUCUGCCUUCAGCCUGCCUUCUAUAGGAUCUAUCAACUGGAACAUGGACCCUGGGACAACACAGACACUCCCUGGCCUUUGUUCUCCUCACAAUCCCCUAAUGAUAAACCAGACCUCAGACAAUGCCAGUGCCUCAACACUGAGUGGCUAUACAAGCCCAUUGACAAAUGACAGUAGUAGAGAUGGAAUCAGUAAAGGUGGCGGCGCCAAAGAAAAGCACUUCCCGUGUUCGUUCUGUGGGAAAGUCUUCAGUUUCCCCAAACAGGUGGCGAUCCACCAGAGGAUGCACACGGGGGAGAAACCGUUCGGCUGCCACCUGUGCCGGGCCAGUUUUUCAGACUCGUCCAACCUGAAGAGGCACCAGAGGGUCCACACAGGGGAGAAACCCUACAGCUGCCCCCAGUGUGAGAAGAGGUUCUCCCACCAGCCCCAUCUGAAGAGGCACCUGAAGAUCCACACUGGAGAGAAGCCGUUUGCCUGUACGCACUGCGGGAAGAGGUUCUCAGAGAGGGGCUACCUCAGAAUACACCAGCAGAAAAUGCACACCGCCCAUGUAUAGAGUAUAGUGACAUGUAAUGUAGUACUAAUUCGUUUGUUUGUAGUUAAUUCAGUUGAUUUUGGAUGUAUAGUGAACUGGAUGAGGUGAACUGAGGAGAGAAUGAGUGUGAUGAGGCAGAGUAGAUGAUAUGGUGAUGGUGUCUGUACAAAUGCUUCACUGACUGUUCUUUGUUGUUGGUGUUUAAUUAUGAGGCAAUUAUAGUGCCCUAAUAGUACUUCAUUUUAUGUGAAUGUAUGACCAUUUUGUUUAAAUGAAAUACAAAAUUGACUCUGUGCUGACUGACUAGGUUAUUUGUGUAUCAUUGCAGGGACUGAGUUUUCCCUAUCUCAGUGGAACCAAAACAUUAUACUUAAUUAUUGAAUCAACACAUUUAAGUAAUAAACUCCAAUGGCUCCAUA